AAUUUAUAGAAUUUUAAAAAUGUAUAAAAAAGUGAUGCCACGUGACUUAAAUGAUCGUCGAAUCUCCUGUGAGCCCUCAGAUGCCAUUAAUGGUGUUAUUUUUGGUGGUAUACAUGAAGUCGAUGAAGAUGAAGGGGCAGAGGAUGUGUUUCUGCCAGAACAUAUUAUGACACGUUCUCAACGUGGUUUACGAAUGCAGCGAUAUUUUAAAGACGUUCUUACGAAGGCUAUUAAAAACUUCUCCCAACAGCAGAAUUUUCUCCAUGGUAACAAAAUGCAUGAUAGCAGUGUUCGUAAAAAGCGCCGACACACUUACCCUUGUGAUGAAGAAAAACGCGUCAAAGGGUACGACAGAAAGCGUUCGAGGAGCGUUUUAAUUAAAAAGAUUGAAAGUGAGUUUGAAAGCGAGUUAUGCAGUCAAAAUGGUAGACCAGAUCACGAGUCAGCAAUGUUCGACAGUUUCGACGAUGAAUGGAAAACAGAUUCCGAAAACUCAGUGCAAACUGAAAGUUCCGAAAAAUCUUCAUUUGUUAACGACAAUGUGAUAAUCUUACGGAAACGACAAAUAAAAUCCAGAUCGUGGCAUGUCGAGACGAGAUACAGUUGCUAUGACACAAGAGCUUCAGCCAUUGAUAUUCAACGGAACAGAUCGCGUGCGCCAACGUUAACCAAUAGAAACUCCCUAAUUAUUGCAAGGGCCAAUAAAAGAGAGAGAUCGUACAGUCAACGCUACGAUAUUCACUCAAGCACAGUUUUGUCAGAGAUUUGCUCACCGAAAUUACGAUCCAAGACCUUUGAUACCUUGAUGGAAAACCACGAUGACUUCACCACACAGUCGAAGAGUAGUGUGAAGAAGAAGCCUGUAAGAAAAGUGUCCAUCAAAACAGAUCCUAUUCGACGUACAAGAUCAGCCAACUUUCCCGCAAGGAAGAAUUUCACCAGAAGGGUGAGCCGAUUAAAAAGUUCACCGGUUUGUAAAAAAGAAUACGGUAGCGAAAGUGAAAGUGGUGGUAGCUUAGAAGAUAUUUUUUUAGUCGGUUCCGUCGUAGGAGACGCUAAAAAAUUUGAAACCUUCAGAAAAUAUUCGAGAGUUGUACCAGCGGAUGAAAAGCUGAUUUCAAAUCAAAGUGGCGAUGUAAUUGACCAAUCAAAUUUCGAACCAGUAGGUUGUGAGGACACAAUUUCAGUUGGUGUAACUUCAGUUGAAGAAACAAGCAGCCAAGAAGAAGCAAGCUACAAAGAGAAUCAACGACACUAUCUUGAAAAUUUAGAUGAUCGAGGCAAUCAAGGUAGUACAGUUGAAGAUAAAACUGACGAAAAACAAGAACACGUUCAUACACCUCCAAAGGAUUGUCUAGUUGAUUUUAAUCAAAGCUUUGAGAUGUUUUUCCAGCUUACUAAUCAGACAUUGGAAGCUUCUGGUUACAGAAGGCCGAGAUCAGCAACAGUGGUUGGGAAUCACUCAGUCAGUUAUGAUCAUGAGUUAGAGAUCGACAACUACAGAGCAAACCAUAGACGAGCGCGAUCGUUUAACGUGUACGAUACAGAAGAAAAUAAAUUAAGAACAUUUGCUGUGUUUUCAAGCAAUAAUAACCUAUCUAAAGGUUGUAACCAGAAAGAAAAUUUCAUGAAAAAUGUUAAAGAGACAGAAAAGUCCUUUGAAAGUAAAAAGUCAAACUCUUUACCUAUUAAGAUGUCGAAAGAGCCUAACCUACCCUCGUUUUAUAUCUCAGAAAACAGCGAUGAGGAGGAGGUUCAGAAACCUAUAGAACGGAUCACAGUGAAGAAAUUCUCAGUCGAAAAAAACAAUGUGAAACAUGUACUACACAAUAAUAUUCCGUUCGAUGAAAUAAAAGAGGCAAAUCUGAAUAAAUCUUCAAUACGAAGAAGAAGUAGCAUAAAGACAUCGAGGCAAAAGUUUUCAACCAAAUCAUAUUCAAUGGGGGAGCCUUUAUUACAAAAGCAAAGUGUUGUUCAUUUUGCUCGAUCAGCCUCACUGAUAAAAUCACGAAGAAAAUCUCACGAGUCUUCACCGGCACGACGACGUCGAAUCUCCGUCAAAAGCACACAUGUACGUAAACAAUCUACACGGCCGAUUGCACCACGACAAAGAAGACGAACAUUAUCGUCGGGUUGUGUGCAACGUUCGCCGCAAAGUCCCCGACGAGAUCAGUCAGCUUCGUUACCAAGCCCCCGUUUUCAAAUUCAAAACGAAGGUUCCAGCAUAACGUCUGUAGUUGUUCCAUCAAGACGUCUUUCGGUGGCUGUUGGACGAAAACCAUCAAAUGCGUUUCAGAAGAGGCCAGUACGGAGAUGUAGCGAGCCAUUUUUACUGGAUGCAAUAACACUUCAAAACAAAUGCAACAGAAAACAUUCCGCAGCAUCUCGUGUCCACAACAAACGCAGACUCUCGAAUGCAUCAUCUUUACCAACAUCAAGUAAACAAAAAUUACAAGCACUUGCUAAAGAUGAACUUUUAGCUAGUUUAAAUGUACCUUUAACUGAAAAUGACGUAUGCACCACGGAGCAUGAAAACACAGUUGUUGAAAGCGCAGACGUGACAUGCCCAGAUGAAGAUCAUUUUGAAAAAAAUAAGGAGGCCGAGAAAGAAAGGAGAGAAACCAAACGACUUUUAAUUAUGGACGAAAUCUUAGAAACCGAGAAGAAUUACAUCUGUUGCUUAGAAACGUUAAAUGAGGUGUUCAGAAAUCAGCUAGAAGGAACGAAUAUAAUAACAGAAAAAGAUUUAAAUUCUUUAUUUCCUUCUCAUUUGAAUGAAAUCAAAACAUCCCAUACUUGGUUUAUGCAAGAACUUCAGGAACGUAUGAAUAACGCGGACUGGCGAGGAAUUAUCGGCGAUAUUUUUGCAAAGAUGACAUCCGCUUCGGCAAAUUUGUUGGAUAUAUACACGUCGUAUGUAAAUGCGUUUCCAAAGUCGAUCAGUACUCUGAGUAAAUGCACAAGAUCUUCACAAAAAUUUAGAAAAUUUCUCGAGGAUUGUUAUGAGAAUCCCGUUGUUGAAAGACUCGAUUUACCAUCUUUUCUUUUGUCACCCGUUCAAAGACUUCCUAGAUAUGUACUUCUGCUUAGAGAAUUAUCGAAAUACACAGACGAGGAACAUCCAGACAAAUAUUUCAUUAGUGAAGCAAUGAAGGAAAUGGAGGAUUUGAUAUCAUCGUUAAAUAGCUCUAUCCACAGUUCCAUGGCUUUUUAUUCAGCUAGUGAUAGCAGACGUAAAAAGAUGUCAAGACAACUUCAAAGUAAAAAGAGAAAACAGCGCUCGUCUGUCAUAACAAAGUCAACGAAAAAACUUGGAUCUGUCAACGAAGGGAAACCUUCUGAUCCUGAUCAAGGGUAUUGUAGUUUUGGAGAACCAAAAGACGAAUCACCGGAGGACGACACUUCUCCAAGAAAAGGUCGCUCAUCAACGUGGCGUGCUGGUAAACGUUCCAUGUCGAUGGUUUCUGCAACAAGUGAGGAUAGUCGAAACGGUGGUGUUAUUAUGAGGAAAAGAUAUGAAAAUAAUUUAUCGGGAAGAAAUACAGAUACGAGAAAAUCAUGGAGACGCUCGCUUGGUGCAGUUUUCUCACAGUUCUGGUCCAAAGAAGAAGCAUCGAGCACUAACAGCAGUUGCAAGAAAACAAGCAAACAACACUCUCAUGCUGAUGAUAACACUUCAAACGAAGAAAAAUCUGACCAAACGAAAGCCAACGACACGCCUGAUCAUUCACGUGUGCCAACACGAAAAACCAGUAAUGCAAGACGUAAAUUAGCUAUCAUUCAAACUCCCCCACCAGAGGAAGUAAAGAAUGAUGUAAAUGAUAAUGUACAGGAAUUGAAUGAUUUGAUUAGAGAUUCUUCCAUAGACGAUGACAGGAUGAUUGUAAGCUCUCCUGUAUCAGUAGACAUACCUAGUAUCACUUCUUCUAUAGCCUCUGAGGAGGAGAUUGAACGCUGUCCUUCUACCGAAUCAGAGAGUUCGGCGGCUUCUUUAAAAACUCCUAACUCGCCCCAACAUUUUAAAAGAGGGAAAUUACGCGGGAGUGCUGGUCCUGUUUUUAAGUCGAUAUUUAACAAAAACAGUCAACUUCAAAAGACGUUGUCAUGGGACGAAUUGAAUACUCUAAACACUUCACAAGAUGAAAAAAGACAAAAAAGAUUUUCUUUUAGAAAAUCAAGGAACAAUUCAAAGGACCAAAUUUUAACUAGUAGCGAUCAAAUAGACUCAUCGAUUUCAUCGCGAUCUUUGAAUAAAGACAAUAUUUCUAUAUCCAGCACAGAGACAAUUUCAAGUAAAAAUUCGAGCAAUAUGAAAGAAGACGAAGUCUUUGCCGAAAGCAAUAAUGGCAGCUUCAAGCAACCAUCGAAGGAGAAAAAAAGCAAAGUUAUGAAAACAUUGAAGCGUUUCGUCAGUAAAAGCAAAUAGCAUCUGAAGCUCUCUCCAUCUUUCUGUUGUCGUUUAGUUUAAUUACGUUCGAUUAUUCCAUGAACUGCCAAUGUAAAUUAAAAAGAUAAAUUUUAUAAAAAUGGAAUAUAUUUUUACAACUAACAAUGUACAUAUAUAUAAAGAAAGAAAUUUACCCUCUUUUCU